UUUUUUUGUGUCGGAGGAACAAAGUUGCCCUUUUUUUCUUAUCCCUGCUUAUGGACGCACGACGCCGAACGCUUCCUGUCGCGAGAACUGAUCAAGAAAUUGAAGAUGGAGAACACACCCGAGUGGAAGAAGAACAGCAACAAGCUGGACUUUGUCCUUCGGCCGAACAAGCCGAAAAACGGGAUCAUCAUGACGGCGCGCCCGAGAAGUCUCCCGAGACACGCCAUUCCAUCAUUGACCAAUUAAGCAAAAAGACCCAACAGUGGCUACAAUUAGCCCCCAACGAUAGUGACGGCGGCCAAUUUCAAAGCCGUCAUAGUAUUGGCUUUGAUGUUCCCGGUGCCGUCGACACCAUCAUGACUCCAAGCAAACUGAAAAUGGAACGACAGUUGGACAGCAAACUCGCCGUAAUUAUGGUCGGUCUUCCUGCACGUGGUAAAAGUUACAUUGUCAAGAAGCUAAGACGUUAUCUCAAUUGGUUGCAAUACGAAACCAAGGUGUUCAAUGUCGGAAACUUACGUCGUGUCCACGAGGGCGGUCAUGAUCAGUCUGCGAAAUUUUUUGACCCGGACAAUAAGGAUAUGAAAAAGAUUCGUGAUGACCUGGCUUUGGAGGUGCUGGAACAAAUGAUUGAUUGGCUGAAAAAAGAUGGACGUGUGGCGAUUCACGAUGCCACCAAUUCGACCAUUCAGCGAAGGAAAUUGCUAAUCGAUCGAUUGGAAAAAGAACCCGAAAUCAAAGUUCUGUUACUGGAAUCCGUGUGUACAGAUAAAAAUGUUCUGGAGCGUAAUUUCCGAUUGAAACUUCUAGGCCCUGAUUACAAGAACAAGAAUCCUGCAGAAGCGCUUUCGGAUUUUCGAUCGCGUGUGGCAAAUUACGAGCGAGCAUACGAGCCUGUGGGAGACUGGGAAGAGGAGCGCGAUAUCCAAUAUUGUAAAUUGAUCAACGUGGGCAAGAAAAUGAUUGCACACAGCAUUUCUGGCUAUCUGUCAGGUCAAUGCAUCUUUUAUUUGAUGAAUUUUAAUUUAGCAGAAAGACAAAUUUUCGUCACACGACAUGGUGAGAGCACAGAUAAUAUAACUGGACGCAUCGGCGGUGAUGCCUCGUUAUCGGAGAAAGGACAAAAGUUUUCAAAGGCAUUGACCAAGUUUGUCAAGGAACAGCGCGUAUCGUUUGCAUUGGAUCUUGCACGUCGCAAGAUGAAAGAACAAGAUGAUUGGAAGACGUAUGGAUUGGAACCCUUGGACACGGAAGACGAAUUGUUUUCGGGCUCCAUCAGCACGGAAGCCGCUGUGAAAGCCAAAGUCGCGGCGAUUUCCAAUUCCCAAUUCACUAUUUGGACCAGUAUGCUAAGACGCACCAAGGAGACCGUUGAGAACUUUGACCCGGAUGAAUAUGAUAUCAAGCAUAUUCGUUUCCUGAAUGAGAUCAAUUCUGGAAGUCGAGAAGGCAUGACAUAUGACGAAAUCAAGCAUUAUUAUCCUCAAGAAUUUGAAGCAAGGGAACAGAACAAAUUGCAUUACCGAUACCCUGGUAUGGGAGGAGAGUCCUACGUCGAUGUCAUUCAUCGACUUCAACCGAUGAUUAUUGAAUUGGAACGUAUGACGCAAUCUUGCCUUAUUGUCACCCAUCGCGUCGUUAUGCGCAUUAUACUGGGAUACCUUUUGGAUUGGUCACAAACGGAAAUGCCACAUAUGAUGGUCCCUAUUCACACUGUAUAUGAGCUUCGACCGAAACCGUAUGGUACCGAACUGAUCAAAUGGCGAUAUGUGGACGAACAGGACAAAUUUGAAAAGUUUUAAUGAUCUCCGCUAUCGCAUUUCAUAAGAACCAUCAUUUGGAUUAUCAGGCACUUUUAACAGGCAACCCUUUUUUUUCAGUUGUGUAAAAAAGUCACUGAUUACUUGCAAAUCCAAUGCACAGUCCUCAAAAAUUUGAUGGACAAAUCAAGCAAUCAUAAUAAAAAACCCCAAUUGUACAUUUUCUAUUAUUUUUGGUUUCUGCGUUCAUUUUCAUUGGCCUUGACAAUAUGACAAGCUUCACUUAUCGUGAAUAGAAAGAAAAAUCCCUAUAUUCCUCGAAUGCGUACAGGAUGUGGCACAAUCAUUUUAAUAAAAAAAAAAAGUUG